AAGAUUAUGGAGCCUUCCACAUCUUCUACGACUAAACCAAAAUUCACAUCCCUAUUUCAAACCCAAGAUGAACACACGAUACUUCACAUCCCUUCCGGCCGUCACAGCCGUCAUCUCUCAAUGGAGAGACCACAUAAUGGUAAACCAAUUUCCAAGAUCAUAUGUUCUCCCAAAAUGAAAUAUGUGGGCACGUGGAGUAACGAAGAUAAAUCUGUUAUUUUAUGGUCGAUAAUCACCGGACAACAACAUUUAAAAUAUGAAAAUGAAAUUUCAAGGACAAGUAUUACUGAACCUGAUACAUUAUCUGCAGUAUCUGAUAAUAUGCACGUUGUCAUAAAGACAAAUUCUUAUCAUCUUAAUUUUGAAAUAUUUGAAAUCUCUACUAAAAAAAAACCAUUCCUCCGAUUUCCAAACUCUCGAAACGUCAUUGAUCGAUCUGAGUUCACUAUAAACGGUGACUUUAUAGUGGUUUCAAAUUUUCCCUCGUACAGAGCAUACGUCUUCACACCAACAAUUCCAUCUGAUUCAAAUCCUGAAAUAAAAUGGAAUUGUACUUCAAUGUUUGAAUUAACUUACUUUUGUGACUCUUUCAUAACAACUCAAGGAAAUUUGAUUUUAUUUAAUGAUAAAACUUUUCAACUAACAAAUUGGAUAAUUAAAACUCUGGAAUUUCAAACGAAUUGUCCAAUUGAUUGGAAUUAUGAACCUGUUCUUGUUGAAGUUACCGAAGAUGAAGAGUUGUUGGCGAUUUACGCGAAAAAUGAUUUUGAUAAUGAUCUUGAAAAGUCAAAGAUUUAUAUUUACUCUACAAGAAACGGAAUGAAUUUGGCCACUU